ACUCAGCUGUGUUGAGCGCCCUGGGUCUGGAGCCCGCGGCCUGAGGGAUGGACGAGACGAGCCCCCUGGUGUCCCCCGAGCGGGCCCAACCUCCAGACUACACAUUCCCGUCGGGCUCGGGCGCUCACUUUCCGCAGGUGCCGGGGGGCGCGGUCCGAGUGGCGGCUGCGGCCGGCUCGGCCCCCUCUCCGCCAGGAUCGCCGGGCCACGACCGGGAGCGGCAGCCACUGCUGGAUCGGGCCCGGGGCGCGGCGGCCCAAGGCCAGACCCAAACUGUGGCGGCGCAGGCCCAAGCCCUGGCCACCCAGGCCGCGGUGGCGGCGCAUGCCUCGCAGGCCCAUCGCGAGCGGAAUGAGUUCCCGGAGGACCCCGAGUUCGGAGCGGUAGUGCGGCAGGCCGAGCUGGCCAUCGAGCGCGGCAUCUUCCCCGAGCGCAUCUACCAGGGCUCCAGCGGAAGCUACUUCGUCAAGGACCCUCAGGGGAAGAUCGUUGCUGUCUUCAAACCCAAGAAUGAAGAGCCAUAUGGGCAGCUUAAUCCUAAGUGGACCAAGUGGCUGCAGAAACUAUGCUGUCCCUGCUGCUUUGGCCGUGACUGCCUUGUCCUCAACCAGGGAUAUCUCUCAGAGGCAGGGGCUAGCCUGGUGGACCAAAAACUGGAACUCAACAUUGUGCCCCGUACAAAGGUCGGUUCAUUCCAGCUCUUUGUUGAAGGCUACAAAGAUGCAGACUACUGGCUGCGGCGUUUUGAAGCAGAACCACUCCCUGAGAACACUAACCGGCAACUACUGCUGCAGUUUGAGCGGUUGGUGGUGCUGGAUUACAUCAUCCGCAACACUGAUCGAGGAAAUGACAACUGGCUGAUUAAAUAUGACUGCCCAAUGGAUAGUUCAAGCUCUCGGGACACAGACUGGGUGGUGAUAAAGGAGCCUAUUAUCAAGGUGGCUGCCAUAGACAAUGGGCUGGCUUUUCCACUGAAGCAUCCUGACUCCUGGAGGGCGUAUCCUUUUUACUGGGCCUGGUUGCCCCAGGCAAAAGUCCCAUUCUCUCAAGAGAUCAAAGAUCUGAUUCUUCCAAAAAUUUCGGACCCAAACUUCGUCAAGGACUUGGAGGAAGACCUGUAUGAACUUUUCAAGAAAGAUCCUGGUUUUGACAGGGGCCAGUUCCAUAAGCAGAUUGCUGUCAUGCGGGGACAGAUCCUAAAUCUGACUCAGGCCCUGAAAGACAACAAGAGUCCCCUGCACCUCGUCCAGAUGCCACCUGUGAUUGUCGAGACGGCCCGUUCCCAUCAGCGGUCUGCUAGCGAGUCCUACACGCAGAGCUUUCAGAGUCGGAAGCCCUUCUUCUCAUGGUGGUAGCCCUAGAGGCAGGCUGAGGAAAUGCCUGAGACUUGGACUGGGAGGAAGGCUGGGGAACAGUUUGCAGGAAAAGCCAGAGAAGCUGGUGGAUAGCAGUGCCCUUAAGAGCCCUCCUUCUCUGUUCGCCAGCCCCUCAGGGCUUUCCCAAGCACAGGGACAAGCACAAUUAGUAGUGCUCCUGGGCCCUUCUGAGUGCUGGGGAAGGCUGGAGCUCCCUGCAAGGAGUCUAGAUGCUGGGAAGGAGCAUCUCCCUUCCAGCAUCUCUUGGUGGCAGGCUGGGAAACCCCGUUCCUUCCCUGCUCUGCUGCAAUUACUCAUUAUUGGUUAUAUUCUGCAUCAGAAAAAAGCAAAAACAAAAAAUUAAAUGCUAGUAGCAAAACCCAGGCAGAACCCCUGAGCCUGUCAUAUCAGAAACCUCCAGUCCAGACCUACAUUUGCAUGGACCCAGACACUAGUCCCAUGAGCCAGACUGUGUCAGAGCCAACUAGGUGGCUCACAGCACUGGGUCAGACAGAAGCCACACCUUUCCGUUCGGUUUUUGCCAAGUCUUAUUCCCCUUCUCCUCUCACCAGUGCUAUAGACUGACUGGAAGCCUCCAAACACAGUUCUUAUGGGGGGAUACUUUUGCUCUGGACCUCCAGCAGUUCUACAUAUGGUCAUGUAGACCUUCCCUUCUCUCUGCCCUGCUGGGGAUCCAACAUCUCUAGCCCAGGCCUGCAGCUUGCCUAUCACUCAAGCAAAGGUGAUUGGGGCUCGUCUAUCAUUUAUAUUUUAAUAGGAAGACUCUCCAGCAUGUAAAAGUGAGCCACAUGGCCUAAGUAUGCCUGGAGCUGUGAGUGGUCUGUGGUUGAAUUUAUCCCUGCCUUGUUUCCUGAGUCCUUGACCCUAGCUGAUAAACUUUCUCAGUCCGUUUAUUCCUCUUGUUUUAAAUGUUUUUGCCAACUCUUAGGGGUUCAGUUCUGGGUUCUGGGGUGGAUCUUGGCUCAGAAGAGGACAGAAUGUUAGAUUCUUGGACUUUUUUUUUAUGCAACCACUGCUGCUUGAUGGAUUUGCUGGGACUUGUAUUCUGCCUCCUAAUUGGCAACUUCCCUUUGCUCUCUGACUUCUUUGUCCUGGGCCAGUUUCUCCAUGGCUUCUUAAGAACGGCAGGGCCCAGAGGACAGUGGCCUUCAAACCGUCCCCCAGUCUCUGCCCAGCUCAGUGUGCAUCUUCUUGCUUCCAUGAUUCUUUUCCUGUAGCUGCUCCCUCUUUCCAGGUGUCCAAGCCCUUUCUACACCAAAGCAAAGAAUGGCCUCAGGAGGGAUUAAAGAGGGUGUCAUCUGUGGCUAAGGGGCAGCUGUGCUCAUGCCCUAUGCUACUGGACACUUGCCAGCUCUGGCACCCUGCAAUUGGUCAGUCAACCUUGGAAAGAAACUAUCUUGAAGGUUUGAAAAAGCACCAAAGAGAGGGAGUGAGGACCAUGGCUGUGUGCCCUCUGCUUGCCUGGCUCCUGGGAUCCAGAAGGUAGAGCUGAGAGGUGCAGCCCAUGUCAGCUGGGCCAGGGUGAUCUCCUUCCAUCCAGCUCCAGGAGCCACCUUGCCCUGGGCUUCCACCCAGCAGACAGGAAAAGUCUCUAAAAGCUGGAUAUGCAUGCCCUAUGGGGGAAGGCGCAGCUCCUUGCCUGCCCUAGCCCUGACAAUCCCAUCCAGCCAACCUAGACUCUGGCCUUGCAAGCCUUCGAGAGAAUGCCUGCCCCAGACUGCAGGAGGCCUGAGGGAGACCCAGGUGUGUGCAGCUCUGCGCAGACAUCUUUACACAAACACAGAGGUGAAGCUCUUCAUGUGUGAGCUCGGGAGAGCCUGAGGAGUCUAAAGGGGAGCCUGGUUGCUUCACCCAGCCAAGCAAAAUGUGCACAUUGUUCUGAUCCAGACCAGCUCUGUGAUCAGAAGGAAAUUGGGUCCAAUAUGAGAGGGUGCUGGUCCUGGUCCCUGGCAGGCAUGAGUGCGGGGCAUCCUUUCCUGGCCUGUCUCCAUUCUCCCUUGGAGCCUGUACUCAGUUUGCCUUGAAUAUGGACUCUGGGGGAGCCAGUUGCCCAGAGUGCCAGGGCAGGCUUCUGGGUGGCACUUCUGACACCCAAUCCCUCUGCCAGCCAUAGCCCU